AUGAUUUCAGCAGUAAAGAAACAGGAUUUUAGAACGUGCGCGCAAACUUCGUUUUGUCGCAGAAAUCGUGAUUAUGCUGAUAAAUCUGCUAGUUCACCAUAUAAUGUAAUCAAAGAUACGAUCAAGAUAGAGGAUGGAGUCAUUUCAGGAGAAUUAAUUAAUUCUGAAAAUAAAGUUUAUUUUAUCUUUGAAAUUCAUCUAUUAAUCAAUAAUGUUGUCAGAAUUCGAGUCAAUGAAAAAAGUCCACUAAAACCUAGAUAUGAUAGAGUAAAGGAUUGGUCACUAGUCCAGGAGCCUAGUAAUACUUUAGAAUAUACCGAAAAUACCGUAAAGGAGGGUAUUACAUCAAUCUCUUUUGGAAUAGAUCGAAAUCAUAAGGUUAUAAUACAUCAUGCUCCAUUUCGUGUUGAAUUACUGGAUAACGAUUUACCGGUCAUUACAUUUAAUGAUCGCGGAUUCUUUAAUUUUGAGCAUUUAAGGAAAAAAGAUGAUCCAGUUAAUAAUCAACCUGAUAAAUUAGUAAUCCAAUCUGACGAUAAUGCAGAUUUUGCAAGUGAGGAAAUACUAGAAAAAAUUGAAGAAAAACGAGAGGAUGGUUUAUGGGAAGAAACAUUUAAUGGCAAAAAGGAUUUAAAACCAAAUGGACCCGAGUCUAUUGGUCUCGAUAUCUCAUUUCCGGGGUUUGGUCAUGUGUAUGGUAUUCCAGAGCAUGCAACAUCUCUUUCAUUAAAGGAAACACGCGGGGGACCAGGUGCAUAUAAUGAACCAUAUCGAUUAUAUAAUUUGGACGUAUUUGAAUAUGAUAUAGAUAAUCCAAUGGCUUUAUAUGGAUCAAUUCCAUUCAUGAUGGCACAUCGUAAGGGAGCAUCAGUCGCAAUAUUAUGGCUUAAUUCCGCCGAAACAUGGAUCGACAUUGUCAAAAGCAAAGAAGACAAACAUGGACUUUCAAGUUUUCUUAAUUUUGGAAAAAACACACCAACUUCGACGCAUACACACUGGUUUUCUGAAUCUGGCAUCAUUGAUGUGUUUGCCUUUCUUGGCCCAACAACAUCUGAUAUAUUUAAGCAAUAUGGAUCUCUCACCGGAUUCACCGCUCUACCUCAAUCAUUUGCAAUCGCUUAUCAUCAAUGUCGAUGGAAUUAUCUUAAUCAACUUGAUGUAGCUGAAGUUGAUGCAGGAUUUGAUAAACAUGAUAUCCCAUAUGAUGUCAUUUGGUUGGAUAUUGAACAUACCGAUAAUAAAAAGUAUUUUACAUGGGAUAAAACAAAAUUCGCAGAUCCAGAAAAAAUGCAAAGAGAUAUUGGUAGGAAAGGAAGAAAGAUGGUAACAAUUGUAGAUCCACAUUUCAAAAGAGAUGAUAACUAUUAUGUUUACAAGGAGGCUAAAGAAUUGGACCUUCUUACUAAAGAAAAUGUUGAUAAAGUAUAUGAUGGUUGGUGCUGGCCUGGUAACUCUAUUUGGCCUGACUGGACCAAUCCAAAAGCUCAAGAUUGGUGGGCUAAAAAAUUUGCAUUUGAUCAAUAUAAAGAAUCAACCGAAUUCUUAUUUAUUUGGAAUGAUAUGAAUGAGCCUUCUGUUUUCAGUGGUCCUGAAAUUACGAUGCAUAAAGAUGUUAUUCAUUAUGAAGGAUGGGAACAUCGUGACAUACAUAAUCUUUUCGGGAUGGCUUUUCAUGCAGCAACUGCUCAGGGUUUAAUAAACCGAACCAAUCCACCCCGUCGUCCUUUUGUACUUUCUAGAGCAUUUUUUGCUGGAAGUCAAAGAUUUGGUGCAAUUUGGACAGGUGAUAAUACUGUUAGUUGGAACCAUUUAGCUAUUUCAUCCCCAAUGUUGUUAACUAUCGGUAUUUCUGGAUUGCCAUUCUCGGGAGCUGAUGUUGGUGGAUUCUUUGGAAACCCUGAUCCCGAGUUAUUAGUUCGUUGGUAUCAAACUGGUGCUUUUCAACCUUUUUUUAGAGCACAUGCUCAUAUUGAUACAAAGCGUCGGGAGCCUUGGUUGUUUGGAGAACCAUACACUAGUUAUAUUAGAGACGCAGUUCGACAGAGAUAUAUUUUAUUACCUUUUUGGUAUACUUUAUUUCAAGAAGCUAGCACUAACGGAAUGCCAAUCAUUAGGCCUAUGUUUGUAAUUUUUCCGAAUGAAGAAGAGACAUUUUCUAUGGAGGAUCAAUAUUUUGUUGGAAAUUCUCUUCUCGUUAAACCUAUCACAAAUCAAGGACAAACUUCUACUGAAAUUUACUUUUCCAGAAAUGAAGUAUUUUAUGAUUAUUAUACAUUUAACAAAGUUAAAGGGUCUGGUAAAGUAAAAGUAAAUGCUCCUAUAAAUAAGAUUCCAGUAUUCUUAAGAGGAGGCUCCAUUAUUCCUAGAAGACAAAGAUUCAGAAGAUCUUCAUUAGCUAUGCGUUCAGAUCCAUUUACACUAUUGGUUGCUUUAGACAAUAAGGGAGAAGCAACCGGAUCAUUGUAUUUAGACGACGGAGAAACUUAUGAAUAUCAAAAAGGACAUUUUAUACAUAGAAAAUUUAACUUUACUUCCGGAAUAUUGUUGUCCACAUCAUUUAUUGAUGGUCUAAAUAUCGAUAAAGAAAAUAAUUAUGUUAAAUCAAAUAAGGAUCUUAGUGUAGAAAGAAUAAUUAUUCUUGGAAUUGAUAAAGCACCAAAGAAAAUAAUUGGGUAUUAUAAUGAUUCAACAGAUGAUAAAAAGGAAUUGAAAUUUAGUUCAGGAGGAACUAAUUAUAUAGGAAUUAAUAUUGAAGAAAUAUCCAAAGAUGUUGUUGUUAUUAGAAAUCCUAAAUUAUUGAUUAGUGAAGAUUGGACUAUCGAAUUUGUAAAUUAA